CGUAUCCAUCAUCGCCGAAUAGUCACCACCCCACACGACGCCUUCCUCGAUGUUACUCGUCGUAGGUCCAGAGUGGGCAAAGGAUGACGUGUCCUACGUGUUCAGCAACUUGGCCAUCGGGGCAGCCCACGCAAACAAUCGGGACCCGGUGCUCAAGCCAUGGAACGAGACCGAUGAACGCGCUUGCGGCAGUGGCAUAGAACAUCCCAGGAGACUUUUCCCGAGGGCCGAGUGGGACCCGCUCGUUGAGAUGGGGGACAAGGACGCCAAGCCUCAGCGCAGCACCAUGCAAGCAUCAUGCACCGUGCAAGGAGCCUGGCACCAGACCGUGGUAGCAUCCAGGGCCACCGGACGCCUACUAACACGCAGUUCAGAGGACCCGAGUACCCGUGGAACAGAAGCUGGUGUGAGCAUGACUCGCCUGGUCGUCGAGUGUGGCGCAGUGGUUUCUCACCAGUACAGCCUCGGCAUCUUGGGCUGCAACCCGCACAUCCAUCCGCGUGACACGCUGCCGUGUGUGUUGACGAUGCUGACGACAGUAACGACGUGUCAACUCCAAGCAGCUGUCUUUGGAGGCUACACGGGAGGUGCUCUGCCAAACUCCCAAGUGCAUGCCACAGCAACAGAAGCCCUAUCUAGGAGUCACGUGAAACGGUAUGCGACGGGAUGGAAGUCCCAGGAGAUGGAGCCACUGAUCACUUCGUACCCUGCACAGCAGGUGAAGACAAAACGUGUCAGAUUGUGGAUAAGCUAUCGACCUGGAACAUGCUCCUUCUGGGUUCCCAAUCUGAACUGCCAGGAAUGCCGUACACGGGUAGCCAACUUUUCAUGAAGAAUUCUACCGGCGUUUUACAAUCGAUUGAAAAUUUUGGUGCACUGCGGGUGCUACAGUACCCGGAGCUUAUUGAAUGGCUACUGAGAACACAUCGCUGCAUUACAUCCGUGUAUCUUAAACUGUCCGUCAUCCAAAUUGCAAGCCUCUCGGUACUUGACGCUCUUCGGCAUAGCUCAGGAACCAAGACAGUGAUCCUAUGUUUCUAGGAUAAGCAACGUUGCUUUUAAGGUCACACCCUGCUUGACCAAAAUCGAAGAGCUUUGCUGCGCAGCCUGCGUCAAACACGAGGCUCCCCCAGAAAGCCACGCUGUCGGCGCCUCUGCAGACUUCAUCGUCUCCGACUAAUAGGACCGUUGGCAGACACGCUUUUCAUGGAUUUGCUAAUAAACAAUAGCUGAAAGAGCUCUAUUUGCUAGACAGCGAACUCUUAUGUCUUACCUAUACCUCUUAAGCCAGUACCUUCGUAUGACGACGGCUAUCAAUCAUUUGGCUGUUGUCAUGACAAACGAAGUGGGACAGAAGGCUAUUCUCGAAGGCGUUUUGAAACAAAGAAUUAUCGAGAUGCUCCUCAUCGGCGGGUUCAUUGAAAACGAAGAAAGCCCGGGAAUAGUAGCUGCAGUGAUCAGGGAGAACAGCGUGAUUCGCAACUUGAGUAUUUCUAUCAGAGGUGAUCCUGCGGUUGGGCGGUUCAGGUUUACGGCUGCUGGCUCCCUGGACUCCCUCAAAACGACACAUUGGAAGAAGUCAGCCGUCAGAGUGCGCACAUUUAUUAGAGCACUGCCGAAUGAAGAAAACUUGAAGGUGCACAUCAAUGCUGAACUUGACCACCGUCAGCUCCAGCCCAUCUACGCGGAGAUCUAAAGCAUUGCCCUUACGAAAAUGGUCGUCGAAUUCUAGUAGGCAUUCCAUUAACGUUUUGUCACUCAAUUAACAAAACCUUAUUUGAAAUAUCAUGAGCCUAUCAUUGUAGACUCGUUGAUCAUUAUUGAAAAGUGGCCACCCUGGAACCAUUGUAGCUUCAUUUCCCUGAUAUUGCGUUGAUUUCAUACGGGAUUCCCAUGGAAUAAACAUUGUAUUUUACUGAAGUGUGAAGUCAAAUAUACAUGAAAAUUAAAGAUUUUAAUGUGGACUACAAUCGUAAAUCAGUGAAUUUUGACAUUUGCAAGUCAGGCUUGCAAGUCAAGCUUGAGUGUUGCACACUCAAGCUACCUUUUGUAGUCUUUUAUCGCAAGAGCCCUUUCCCUGUAUUGCUACGGAAAAUAAA